UUUCUGAAUGUGGUAUUCCCAGUUUCUUUGUGUCUGUUUGUAUUUGCACACGCUUCAGCUUCGGAAAUGCUCCUGGAAUUAAUGGAUGUUAUUGUAAAUGGCUGAACAACUCUGCACUGGUUGGCUACACAUCGUUGCAGGCUCCUUGGAGAUUGAGGAAUGCACUUCUGCCAUCAUGAUGGAAGGAUUGAAAAAACGUACAAGAAAGGCCUUUGGCAUACGCAAGAAAGAAAAGGACACCGACUCCACGGGAUCACCAGACAGAGAUGGUAAUAAAAAGACAAAUGGCGCUGCAAAUGGAUUUUAUGCAGAGAUUGACUGGGAGCGAUAUAAUUCUCCAGAGAUUGAUGAUGAAGGCUACAGCGUCAGGCCGGAGGAUUCAACCUCCUCCCCCAAAGCAAAGCACUUUUUUUCAUCCAGCGAAUCAGAAGAGGAGGAAGACCAUCGGAAAAAGUUUAAAAUUAAGAUUAAACCUUUACAAGCUAAAGACGCCUCAAACUGUACAGCAGCGUCUGUAGAUGUACUAAAAGCAUCCAUAGGCAGCAUCGCCCUGUCUCCAUCCCCUGUGAAGAGAAGUGCGAAGCAUAGCCCGGGCCUGAUAAAAAGACACUUGUCAAGGGAAGAAAUAGCAAGACCCAGGCGAUCCACAGCAACACCCACCCCCAUUGCAGAGCCAGUCAGUAAGAAAGCACUAGAGGAUCCUACAGCUCUGUUUGGCCCACCUCUGGAAACAGCCUUUGAGGCACAGAAAACUGAAGCUGUAAUGGACGAGUCUGAAGUGUGGGGUGUCCCUAGACCAAGUGAGCAAAAUCAGGAGGCCCCAUUAUCAAGGCCAUUUCCAACUGGAACUCCGCCUCCACUUCCACCUAAGAAUGUUCCAGCAACACCGCCUCAAACCGGUUCACCUUCAACAGAUGUCACAGAUGGAGCUGCUUCAAAAAGUCCCAAGCAUGAGUCUGACUCUGACGUCGCUACGCAGCAGCCAACUUCAAAUUCACUCGAGGAUCCUUCGGUAAAAGCGGGCAGGGAUCGCAAACUGCCAUCUAUCAGCGACUUGGACAACAUCUUUGGACCAGUAGAAUGCCCAAAACCCCAGGCAGAGAGCACAGGGAGCCAGUGGGUCUGUUUUUCGGACGAGUCCCCAGAACACGCUGCUACUGCUGCUUCUGCCACUGCUCCUCCUACAACCCCUGCGCCUGCCUCUGUCCCAGCCCCUGCUUCUGCCCCUGCUCUUGCCCCUGAACCAGCCCCUGCCUCUGCUCCUGUCCCUACCCCAGCCCCUGCCUCUGUCCCAGCCUCUGCCCCAGCUCCAACCCCUGCUCCUGCCACUGCCUCUGCCCCAGCCCCUGCCUCUGCCCCAGCCCCUGUCCCUGCCCCAGCCCCUGCUCCUGCCCCUGCUUCUGCCCCGGCUCCUCCAGUGGUGUACCCCAAAGACAAACUUGUGUCCCCCCCGCCUGUUCCCCUGAUCCCACCUGUGCAAUCUGAGACCAAAGCAGCUUCUCCCCCCGCUGAGCCCACACGCAAUAUCCCCCCUCCCCUGAACCUAAACGGGAAGAGGAGUUCCGACCUGCCUCCAGGAAAAGACCAUGCUGUCGAAUCAACAGUGUCUCCCAAAGAGUUUGGGCAGGGUCCGAGAGCCACACCCCCUCCGCCUCCGCCCCCCACCUACAGGACGGUGGUGUCCUCCCCGGGACCCUGCUCGGGGACGAGCACUGGCAGUGGUUCAUCUUCCCCAGCACGUCCUGCCACCCCAUUGGCUAGCAGCAGCCCAACCCCGCCCCCUCCUCCUCCGCGGCCGCCCUCCCGACCCAAACUGCCUCCUGGGAAGCCCGGCGCCGGAGACGUGCCCCGGCCAUUCAGCCCUCCCAUUCACUCCUCCAGCCCGCCUCCGGUGGCGCCUCUGGCUCGGGCUGAAAGCACGUCCUCCAUCUCAUCGACCAACUCCCUGAGCGCAGCCACGACGCCCACUGUCGGUAAAGAACUCUCCGUUUGCGUUUCAGAUGAUGCUUUUGUUGACAAACUGCCCACGUUUGACCGGCAUUGUCAUACACCUGCAGAGAAUGACCAGCCUUCCUUGGUAUGGUUUGACAGAGGAAAGUUUUAUUUAACCUUUGAAGGCUCUUCCAGAGGGCCCAGUCCUCUGACCAUGGGUGCACAGGACACUCUUCCAGUGGCUGCAGCUUUCACAGAAACUGUAAACGCAUACUUCAAAGGAGCUGAUCCCAGCAAGUGUGUUGUGAAGAUUACAGGAGAGAUGGUGCUUUCGUUUCCAGCAGGAAUCACCAGGCACUUUGCUAAUAAUACCUCCCCAGCUGUUCUAAGAUUCAGUAUAACAAACUACAGCAGGCUGGAGCACGUCCUGCCUAACCCCCAGCUUCUCUGCUGCGAUGCCACACAGUCAGAUGCCAACUCAAAGGAAUUCUGGGUUAACAUGCCAAGCCUGAUGACACAUUUAAAGAAAGUGGCCGAGCAGAAACCACAGGCAACGUAUUACAAUGUGGAUAUGUUAAAAUAUCAGGUAUCUGCGCAGAGUAUUCAGUCCACCCCCUUGAAUCUGGCAGUGAGUUGGCGUUGUGAGCCUGCCAGCACUGACCUCCGAAUAGACUACAAGUACAACGCAGACGCCAUGACAACACCUGUCGCUCUGAACAAUGUCCAGUUUCUAGUCCCGGUAGAUGGAGGGGUCACCAAAAUGCAGGCCGUGCUGCCCCCUGCUGCCUGGAACUCUGAACAACAGAGGAUUCUAUGGAAGAUCCCUGAUAUCUCUCAGAAGUCUGAAAAUGGAGGAGUGGGGUCUCUGCUCGCAAGGUUCCAGUUAUCCGAGGGCCCCAGUAAACCAUCUCCAUUGGCAGUGCAAUUCACAAGCGAAGGAAGUACAUUGUCAGGCUGUGAUAUUGAGCUUAUUGGUCCCGGUUACAGAUUUUCGCUAAUUAAAAAGAGAUUUGCUGCAGGAAAGUACCUGGCUGAUAACUAAACAAUGGCUAACUGCAAUGCAGAGAAAAUCUACUCUUUGGAGUGGAUGAAAUAAUAAAGGACUUUAAUCGUUAAAGUAAAAAAAAAAAAGAAGAAAACAGCAACAAAACUUUUAACACUUUAUAUUCUACAAGUAAUCCAAGGUGACCAAUCCAGCAGUAUUAGAACUUAUAUAUAGAAUUGUCAAGAGUUUUAAAGUGUAAUUAUUGUAUUUGUAAAAUGGAUUCAUUUCACAUCUGAGUUGCAGCAUUUCGCAUCUAUAUUGCCAUCUAGGUUAGCCACUCUUUCUUUUAAACAUGUAGGACCCAAUUCUGAUCUUAGGGCAAGGCACUAACAUUGAGGCAAAGGGCAUUAAUGUCUGAAAUGGGGCUCUGGUGGGGUGCCAACCAGCGCAAUUACACUUUGCCCUCUGAAAUGAUUUUGGUACCAUGUUUUGCCCCUGAUGCUUUACAUGUUGCUUCCACUGUUAAGAAAUGUCAGGUGUCAGCCAAUGGUGUCAGCCAAUGGUGUCAGCCAAUGUAGUCAGCCAAUGUAGACUUUGUGUAUAUAUAUAUACUAAACAGAAAUUAAAGAGAUCAGAAUGAUACCAAAAUAAUAUACCCUAAUAGGUAUUUAAUGAAUCAUAAUGGACGAUCUACUUGGGGCUUACACAGUCCACCAUCCAAACUAAGUUGGAUUUGCAAAACAGUUUUGCUGUACACUAUUGUUAAUUUGAGGCCCUCUUUCCAGACACCAUCCCAAUACAAACAUGUACGUUAACAGAUACUUUACUGUAAUCACCAGAGGGCCGAAGGUGCGUCACGCAUUUUCUCUCUGUUAGUAAGAGCAUUGCCAUUGCACUCCACGUUACAUAACAGAGGGCUGUUUGGAGGUCAAUCAGAGUUCAGAUAAAGUCAUUUUUCUGUGUUGAGAACUUGAGCUGUAUUCACCAGUGUACCUGGUGAUAAAGCAACAAACUCACCAAAGCCAGUGGGGUCGUCUCUACUUGAGAAUUAGAACAUUUAGAACGUUGUUACUUAUUUAUGAUUAAGUGAAUCAUGACAUGUCCAGCAAGAUGUGAAACUGAAAAUUCAGCUGGUCUCUUUUAAAGUCAUUUAGCGUUUUAAUUUGAUGAUGUGAAUAGUGCAGUACGAAGGUGGCUUCAAUGAUAACUCUAUAUUUUGUAGUUGCAAUGUUUCAGAUGUUUUCCUAUAAGAAUGUAAAAACAAAACAAGCAAACAUGUAAUUUGAAAUCAGUACUAUAUAUCCUGAAGGGCCUUCUUGUAUUGUUAAGACACAGACAGCAGUGUUAGAGUUCACAGUACCUUCCAGCACUAUAUUUUUAUUUAUUGACAAUACUGAUUUGUUGUAAAAAAAUAUAUAUAUAUGAUUCUGUUUAUGAUUAGAAUUUCAAUAGUAAUAGAAGCCCUAGAAUUAUAAUUAUUUUUGUUAUCUGUGUAUGUAGAUGGGUAUCCGGUGUAUAGUAUAAUGCUAAGGUAUCAUUUUUUAAAAUUUAUUUCAGAUGUCAUUUUUUUUAACUCAAGUGCAACAGAUAAUUUAGGCAUAUAUGGAAUAAAAAGAUGAAAUCUCUAACUGGGUGCAUCAUGUUAAACAAUGGGAGUGUAAUAUAAAACAGUUACUGUUGGUGGCAGUUUCAAUCACAGUUACUUUUUUAUUGGCAUUAUUUGUGUGCUUUUGCUGAAUUCCUUUCUGACUGCUAAUAUUUAACAAGCACAGCAUGAAAUUAAUCAGAAUAAAGUCAGUGCUAGCAUUCACGACUUUUAUUUUGCAAUCUAAAAUGGGCUCUUUUAACGCUGUAUAAAGCAAAUCAUUUUGAAAGGGUAAUAGAAUAGAAAAUUACAUCUUUUAGAUCGAGUCUACAGAACUUGUUUAAAAAGUACUGUGCUCUUUUAAUCCAAAAAAUACUCUCUUUCAUUGGCUUAGAGCAAGAAUGUUGGCAACAAAUGGCAAGAGGAGCUUUUAAAGUUUUCAAAUUCACAAGGCAUCCUCACAGCCAAUCGUAUCUCAUUGUUUGAUUUUGUAAUUACAGUACAAUGUACUUGCACACAGCCACUGAUUUGUACUGCAAAAAGUAUUGUCUGGAAAGUUUGGAUCAGUGUAUCCGUGAUUUAAUGGUCAAAGGAGAAAAGGGAUGCUUUGACUUGUACUGUGAGUAUUAAGGUUAGGGUUAGGGUCUUGACUUGUACUGUGAGUAUUAGUUUGCUUAUUUUGUAGGCUUCCUUCUAAAUAACCUGAGGUAUAAAUUGUCCUAUAUUGUACCUGCUUAUGGAGCAGUUACAGUACUUGAAUGCUUUUUGCACUGGAAAUGCAAAAUAUAUAUAUAUAUAUUUUUUUUUGAGCAUUUAGAAACUUUAUUUUCCUCCUUGUCAAAGGUGCUGUUUAUAUAUUGCAAUGUGGCAUUGAAACAAAAUGAAGUGAAACUGUUUGGCAUUUAUAUAUAUUUAGCAUUUUGUUUAGGUAAACAUUAAACAGCAAACACACCCGGUAUUGUGCUGAACAGCUAAAUGACAUUCCUCAAUGACUGCUGACAAUUAUAGGAGAAUCGGCCUGUGAAGUUACGAAGCAGCCUGCAAAGACAUCUACUGAUGAGUGCACCAUUCCAUCAUUGUAUUUUUAUAAUAACAUCCCACCUGUCUUAAAACAAUAUGUUUUGGGAGCCACAUAUUUUGCAUGUUAAAAAAAAAAGGAGUAGGUAAAUCUGUCUGGGUCUGUUGUAGCUGGGAGUUGUAUAGUAAUUUUAUCUUCAUAAUCUUCUGUGCCGGUAUGUUUUGGGUUCUCUCUUCCUAGGUCUGUAUGAAUUAUUCAUUAUGUUAUCAACAUACAGUUAGUUUUCCUCUACGAAGGGCUUAGCAAAGGGAUAAAUGCAAGAUUUGAUUGAAUUUUUGCAGUUGUAAGCUAAUGUCACAGAGAGGCCAUGCAAGGUGGUCUUAUGGUAACAUUUAAAUUGAGAUUUCCUUUUUGUUUUGCAGCAGAAGCAACCUGCUUGGAAGCCGGGUUUCAAUUCGCAAUGUCAAAUAAAAGGUUGAAAUAGUUUCUUUCACUCGAGCCCCACCUACCCUCUAUGCCUAGAAGUAUAUGUUGAGUUGUUGGGUCAGCAGAGUUGAAAGUUCACUUUGUCACAUGACACACUGUUCAGUGCCGACCAUUAGGGUUUCUCAGGCCAGCUCAAAGCCAGCUAAAGAAAAACAAUAAAUUUACUGUUGGAACAACAGAACCUAGAGCUGCUCAGAAAUAUUGUAAACUCCUUAAUACUAAAGGUAAACACCAGGCAUAUCAGAAUAAAGAUUUUGCUUUCAAAAUAAAAAUAAACAACAGGGGGUAUUUAAUUGUACUAAAUGGUGUCGGGUCUCCAUGAUGAGCACUUUCAAGUCAUUAAGAUAGGGCUCUCCCUGAUGCUUUACAUGCUGUGUAGAUGCACUGCCUUCACUGUUAAGAGAUUUCAAAUCAUUAAGAUAGGGCUCUCCCUGAUGCUUUACAUGCUGUGUAGAUGCACUGCCUUCACUGUUAAGAGAUUUCAAAUCAUUAAGAUAGGGCUCUCCCUGAUGCUUUACAUGCUGCUUCCACUGUUAAGAAAUGUCCAUAACACAGGUCCACAAAGGAAAUAUUUUAAAUUUCAAUUAAUGCAAUAGAUCCCAGUAAGUGUUGAUUUCAGCAGUCUGCUACUGCGAUUGCAGUUUGUGGUAAGCUUACAUUUGCUGACACCUCUCUAUCUCCUAGUAAAGCCGACUGUGUUUCUGCUUGGUUUCAUAGCCUUAUUGGUAAACUACUGUACUAUGAAGGAAGUUACAAUUUACUUCUUUCUGAAGUACAUUGGCUGCUGGUAAUGUGAAUGUGUGAUUUAAAGAUCUAUGAGAGAGAGAAACUGUCAUAUGUGUAAUGUUAUUUGCCUUAUAGAUUAGUUUAACAUGUAUGGGUAUCAAACACUCUCUGUAAUAUAAUUACUUUUUUAUUUUAAAUAAAUGUUAUUUAAUUUAACUCUGUCUCCAUGUUAUCCAUUGUACAGAAUAUUGAAUAUGCAAUUAUGUUUUAUUGUAAAUGUACUUAAAAAUGGAUUUCCCAUUUAAGAACAAAGUUUUGAAACUAUAUAAACAAAAUGACCAUAAUCUAAUAACUGUUUAAGAUGUCAAUCAAUGUCAGUUUUCUUGGAAAUAAAGUGA